UGUUGUAUACAUGUUCAAGAUUUAGAACGUCGAGUCAGCAUAACUCGAUACAGGAAAUCAUGGCAGUUACUUUCACACUUCCCUCAGAUUUCGGAUAUGUUAUCCUUACAUCUAUUGCUUCUAUUUUUGUUUUGAUGUGGAAGGGUUUUCAGGUCGGUAAAGCAAGGACAAAGUAUGAAGUGCCGUAUCCAAAGAUGUACAGCGAUGACGAUAGAUUCAACUGUGUACAGAGAGCUCACCAAAAUACGCUAGAAAACUAUCCACAAUUUCUGAUCUUGUUAAUAUUUGGAGGUCUGACAUUUCCAAAAUUAUCAGCUGCAGCAGGAAUGGUUUGGAUUGUUGGACGUGUUUUCUAUGCAUUGGGAUACUAUAGCGGAGAUCCAAAGAAAAGAAUGAGAGGAGCUUUUGCGUAUAUUGGUCUCUUAGCGCUCUUGGUCUUUUCCAUCAUUACAGCAUUGAAAAUGCUUGGAUUUGUCAAUUUUGUUUAAACAACAUGAAUAAUCAAUGCUAUGAAUUUGUAGUACUUCAAGUUCUUUACAUUUGUAAUACAUUGAAUUCUAUACAUUUGUAUAAAUACAUUGAAUUCUACACAUUUGUAUAACAAUGUAUAAAUGCAUUGAAUUCUAUACAUUUGUAAUACAUUGAAUUCUAUACAUUUGUAUAAUACAUUGAAUUCUAUACAUUUGUAAUACAUUGAAUACUAUAUACAUUUGUAUAAAUACAUUGAAUUCUAUACAUUUGUAAUACAUUGAAUUCUAUACAUUUGUAAUACAUUGAAUUCUAUACGUUUUUAAUACAUUGAGUUCUAUACAUUUGUAAAACAAAAGUCCCAUACAUAUUACAAUACACAUCAGUAGUGCAAUUAUGUAUAUAUGUGUACCAUAACUCAGAAACAUUUUAGAUUUAUUUACAUUACUAUGUAUCAUAACUUUUCAUGACAGUACGGUGCGAUGUAAUGUAUUUAUUUUUUCAUAAAAGUAAUAAAUGUGCAAGUUUGCAAUUUAUGUGUAUUUUUCAACAUCCAUAUGUAUGUAUAUAUGUAUAUGUCUAACAUGUUGAACAAUAAAAGAUUACUUAAA